AACGAUUCUGAGAAGACCAUUUCACUUAUUGUCAAGUGCAUUCCAGUUGAAGGAGAUCGUGAAGUUUUCAAAAAAAUGAAUGUGUUUGGAAAAGAAGUGAUGAUGUAUUCUAAAGUUUUGCCAAUUAUUGAAAGAAUGCUUAAGUCGUUGAAUAUUUCGGGACAAAUUUCUCGAAGAUUAAUUUAUUCACAAGAAAACCCAGUGAACACGAUCGUUGUUCAAGAUCUCAAUGAUUUAAAUCUUGUGCUGGGAAAUCGUGUUCACGGACUGGAUGAGGAACAUGCUAAAAUGGUUUUGACAAAGAUUGGUCAAUUUCAUGCUGCCUCGAUGGUAUUUGCUCGAGACAACCCUGAAAUUAUGGCAACAUUUAGCAAAUCGGUGUUUCACAAAGAUGGCGAUUGUGUUGUUCGAAAUACCAUAUUUCGAGAGAAUAUCGGUGACAUGGCUGAAUUAGUUAAGUUAUGGGAUGGAUAUACCGAAAUUUCUCUAAAGUUAUCUAAGAUAAAAGAAAACUUCUUCGAACGCAUGGAUAAAUGUCUUUACAAUGACGAAUCUUUUAAGGUGCUCAAUCAUGGUGAUCUUUGGGUGAAUAAUUGUAUGUUUAAAUGCGUUAACGGUCUUCCCAGUGACAUGUUAUUUAUUGACUUCCAAAUGAGUUACUUUGCAAGUCCAGCAUUUGAUCUACAUUAUUUCCUCAAUACCAGUGUUCAACUUAAUGUUCUCAUCUCGAAACGAUACAUGCUACUAAGGACAUAUUACAAGUCUUUGAAAUCAACCUAAGAGGCUUUCAGUUAUAGUAAAAUUCCAAGUUGGGAAGAAUUUAAAAAUGAUCUUAAAGCUAAAGAGUUUGUUGGUUUUUGGGCAUUCGAAGCAAUUUUGCCAUUACUUUCAAUGGAUAAAGAAUCUUCCAAAGAUAAUAGUGUUGAAUGUUUUAAUAAUGAAGAAGGAUCACGACAAAAGCGUCUGGUUAUGUUUACUUCAGAAAGAUUUUUAAACACAAUCAAAUUUUGCUUGGAUCGAUUUGAUGAAUUGGGUGUUUUAGAUUGAAAGAUUAUUAAGUAUAAAAGCUAUUUUUGUCUUAAUUUUUACAUUUGUUAAUGUGAAUAAUAAUAAAUUUAUUUAAGUAACUCUAAAUCGGUAACAGACUAUUUGUUGAACAAAUCAUUUUGAGGUAGUACAUAAAAAAAUAAGAAUAUAAAAUAAAGCUUAUAAGACCAAA